AUGGCCAAAUCUCCUUCUCCCAAGCCUUCCCCCCCGGUACACCCCAUUAUCUCUUCACUUACCCUCAUACCAGCUCUUCCGCCCCCAGCUUUUGUAUCUCUGGCAAGAAAACCUUCUUCUCCGCUCAUGACGCCGAUGAUCCCCUUGGCCGUUCUCAAUCAAGAACACCUGCCAGGUAUACCUCAAUCACCUGAUCUUUCGACGCCUCUUGUCGGAAGUAUCAGUACCCGACCAACCACCAACAGACUGAGAUCCCUAUCGACGGCGGGGGAAUACGAUGCAAAUGAUUUUGUCACUUCACCCACUCCGCAACCACCCGGAAAAGAGUCGGCGGACUAUUUCUCUACCGUUCCUCAUCCUCUACCCAAGCCUCUCGAUGGAGGUGAAGAGGUGAACGGAAAAGAUAAUACAGGAGCCGGAAUAGCUUCUCAGACUCCGAUAACACCAGGGGGGCUUAUGACGAGGUUAAAGAGCUUCGGUAAACCUAAGAGAACUCCCAGCGAGGUGGCUCCCCCGACUCCGAGUGUCCCUCCGAUUCCAGAGAAGGAGAAAGAUAAGGAAGGCACCGAGGAGUCUGAUCCUAUUACUUCCACUGAGGCGGAUACUAAAGCCAGAUUACUCUCUCUUCCCCUUUCUCCACCACCGUCAUCCGAAGCACCGGUACACGCGUUACCUUCCAACAUGACCAUAACGAUUUCGGAAGGACAUACGACUGUUUAUCGAGGACCGGUCAACAACACGGGCCACGAUGUGACAUCACUGGAGGAAGCGAUGCCCAUGUGGCUAUUGGAAUGCCUUCUCUUCAAUAAAUUACCAACUGCGCCUGCACAGGUCAAAGUUAGCUUUAUCCUGAUGCCUUGGCAAGGUGAAGGGUUGAGCGAAGAAGAAAAAUUGCCCGAGCUGUUAAAUAUAACUCAGAGCAAGUUGACAGCUAGUAGAUGGUUGAGAGUGAGAAAGCUAGUUCAUCAUGUUCAGGAUAAACUGGAGAAACUCACCAAUUCGAUAUCACACAACUCACCUCGCACGUCUAUCGAUAGCAACGCUCAUACCUCUACUAAAAGCAGAGCUGCAGCGGAAAACAUGUAUGAAAUACUCUGUAACGAGGUGGUCUUGCCUUUGGACAUGACGUUGGCCGCCGUAAGACAGUACGUGUGGAAGCAGGCGGGAGAACUGACGAUGCAUUAUCGACUGAAAGAAAUGCGGACGGUAGAGGUUGGCAUUUUCGGUCUGGCUAUGUAG